AUGCCACCCCUGUUCCACCACCAAUUUUUCGAACGUGGCAGCUUUGAAAGUUACUCCCGCGCACCCUGGGACUUUAAUGUGGGUACCCGAGCGAACUGGCUGACCUGGCGCUGUCGACUCGAAGAAACGAAGCAUCUACAAUUACACCCCCUCGACAGCCGACAGACGACGAGCACCGCGAAUUUGAAUCGACCCUGCCCCGAAAAACCUGCGGUUUGCCCUACACUUCGUCAGCUGCAUUCAACUUCCGUCGUCGACAACAUGAGGCCAUUUCUCCCAUUGCUCUCGCUGAGCGCAGUCGCUCAGGCGCUGUACUUCUACAUUGACGGCACCUCGCCCAAGUGCUUCUUCGAGGAGCUCCCCAAGGACACGCUCGUCGUUGGCCACUACACUGCCGAGGAGUGGGAUGACCGGAUCAACCAGUGGGCCAAGCACGAUGGUCUCAGCAUCUACAUUUCCGUUGAUGAAACUUUCGACAACGACCACCGUGUGGUUUCUCAGCGCGGCCAGGCAUCAGGUCGUUUCACCUUCACGGCUGCCGACGCCGGCGACCACAUGCUCUGCUUCACCCCUUCUUCCACCUCUGGCCGCGCCGGCUGGCUCUCGCUCCACUCCCACAACGGUGGUAUCCGUCUGACACUUGACCUCGCUAUUGGCGAGAGCACCGAGAUCGAGAGCUCCGACAAGAGCAAGCUCGAGGAUAUCGCGACCCGCGUCAAGGACCUCAACGCUCGUCUGCAGGAUAUUCGCAGGGAGCAAGUCUUCCAGCGUGAACGCGAAGCCGAGUUCAGAGACCAGUCCGAAUCCACCAACGCCCGUGUCAUCAGAUGGAUGCUUAUCCAGCUCACCGUUCUCGCUGUUACCUGCACCUGGCAAUUGUCUCACCUGCGGUCAUUCUUCAUCAAGCAGAAGCUCACAUAA